AUGUGUCCUGAGUCCUGCGAAAUUCUCUCGAAGAACGCUUUCGUUCGGCAUGAAGCGAAGGCCAAGGUGGCACCCCUUAUUCACGGAGACUGGAUGCGCAGCCUUCAGUACACUGAAGUUACGGCUCGUCUGCCGAUCAGGCCUUUCGUUCCGGAGCGACUUGCACGCCGCUUCAAUGGCCGGUGGCUUCAAGGUCACCUGAUAAGCCACACCCUCAUGCUUUCACAAUGA